AACAGAGACGUUCACUGACAAGGAGCUACGCUGAGGCAGUAAGACUCCGGAGAGUGGACAUGGAAAAGAGCUCGGAGGCUGGAACGAGUGGCGGUGAGUCGUCGGCGGGGCUUUCAGACUUCGAGAGGGGAAACUCCGAGGCAAAAAUACUCGGCACAGUGGACUUGGGAAGGAGCUUGGAGGCUGGAACGAGUGACGGUGAGCCAUCGGCAAUUGAUUACAAGGUCUUCUUGAGUUUCAGAGGGCUGGACACUCGCCAAGGAUUCAUAGAUUGCCUUUAUCGCAUGAUGCUAGAAGCAAACAUCCAUGUCUUCCUCGAUGAGGAAGAGCUCCAUGUCGGUAAAAGAAUAGGUGAUGAAUUGCCAACGGCCAUCGAAAAGUCGAAGAUCUACGUACCCGUCUUCUCUAAAGGUUAUGCUUCGAGUGCAUGGUGCCUUCGUGAGCUGGCGCACAUGGUGGAGUGCAUGAAAUCCAAACCAUCCGAAAAGGAGAUUAUGCCAAUUUUCUAUGACGUUGAGCCUCGCGAUGUUAAGCUUAAGUCUCAAUUGUACGUUGGCGCUUUGAAGGAGCAUGAGGAAAGGUUUGGCUGCCAGGAGAGGCGAAAGUGGGAGGAAGCACUGAAAAGUGUAGCCCAAAUCAAAGGAUGGGAGUUGAAAAAGCAAGGGUACUGGAGCUUUAUUGAAUCAGUGGUACGAGAGAUUUUGACGAAGCUGAAGAUAAAAGACAAACAUGUCACUAAGCAUUUAAUAGGAAUGGAUGAGCGAGUGGAAGCCAUUGUGAAGUUGUUGGACGUGGACUCAGGAGGCGUGCGCUUUGUACUACUCCAUGGAAUGGGCGGAAUCGGUAAAACGACUCUUGCUAGGGUUGUAUUCAACAAACUAAAUUCCCUCUUCAGUCAUUGCUGCUUCCUGGAAAAUGUCUGGGAAUCUUCGAGCAGCUUUAGCUUUGUAGCCUUACAGAAACAAAUAUUAUCUAACAUGUUUGGUUCGGGCUUUCACAACGGAAUCGAUGAUGGUGAUGGGGUCAAACUGAUUGCACAGCGACUUUCCAACAGGAAAGUCUUCAUGGUGCUCGACGACGUAAAUGAUAAGGAACAACUUGAGAAACUAGCUAUCAAGCACGUUUCCUUUGGCUCAGGAAGCAGAAUCAUCAUGACAACUAGGAACAGAAGCAUCUUAGAAGCCGAUUACACUUUUGAGUACCAAGUGAAUCCGUUGGAUCACGUUCAAUCGCUCAAGCUUUUCAGUAGACAUGCUUUCGGAAAAAUUGCUCCUCCAGACGAUUAUGUCAGUCUUUCGAGAGAAGUGGUUUAUACGACUGCAGGACUUCCCUUAGCUCUUGAAGUCAUAGGCUCAUUACUUUGUCGCCAAAACAAAGCUUUUUGGAUGGAUGUUCUGGACGAUCUGAGGGAAAUACCUCAUGAGAAGGUCCAGGACAAGCUGAAGAUUAGCUUCAAUGCCCUCAACCAUCGACAAUAACAGA